AUGAGCUCUAUAGGAACCGGGGUAAGUGGAAGUAUACACUAUUAAACAAUGAAAUGCAGCGAAUAAGGCUUUUAAAUCCGGUUUGAGAUAUAAAUUCCGUAAAGAGUGUCCACGUGCAUGUUGACAGUUUUAUUUCAGUCUUAGUGUUGUCUCAAACCACCUUCCUACUAGUGCUGUAGGUGAUAACUGUAUCUACGGCCAACUUUUCGUCGAUUUUUGUUAAGCAAAGCUGGCAGAAACUUUCUCCCAUAGGAUUUAAUCUCUUCAAUGAAACACUGAAGCUGCUUGUGAAAAGGCAAAAUAAUAUAAUUCGUUCAGUUUGAAUUAAACCACUAAGUAACUCAUGAUGAUUACAUUAAUUAUUUGAAAAUUAAUUUUGAUCUUAGUGGAAAAUUCUGUAUGUUACAAUUACGCCAGGAGCUGAGGAGAAAAAGGCAUAUUACUUGUACUUUAAAGAAUAACCUACCUUUGAUUGAUGAUUAUUCAUAGAUAUUACUUGAGUAAUGAUUAGUUUUUCAUAAUACAUGACUCAGGAAUUUUUGGAAAACAAUGUGCAAUUUUCAAAGUUUUUGUCAAUUGUGAUUCCCAAAGUGAUCUUAGACUCAAACAAAACAAGAUGAAUGCAGAAUACCACAAGCAUCCAGGAACAACAACUUUUCUUAAGAGGAAGAUGCAGUAUUUUAAGUUUUAUUUCCUUUAUUUUGGAUUUUUUUUCACCUUAGUGUAAGGUCUCACAAGUGGAAGACAUCUGGUUAAGCCAUUUAGUCAAAAGAGUGAUUGCAGAUUGUGAGAUGGCAUCUGUUAGUGUUUAAACUUUAACUUUCUUUUCUCAAUCUUUUCACAAUGUUUAUACCAUUUGUGUUUGUUUUUGUCUUUCGUCUACUAGUAUGACUUGUCUGCAUCUCAGUUUUCUCCUGAUGGAAGAGUAUUUCAAGUGGAAUAUGCCGUAAAGGCAGUGGAGAAUAGUGGGUAGGUUGUAUAGUGUGAUAUCUUGAACUUUGGCAUGCACUCUAUAUACAUGUCCUUUUGCAAACCUACAUGUUAUUUUCUGUAGGAACCCCUUUUUAAAUACCCUUUUUAAAUACCACUAUGAUGAAAAAAAAUUUUUCCUCUUUUCCUUCUAAUUUUGAUGUCUUUUUUUCCAAAGGUCUCUGUGUUAAUUCUUACACCUAAAAUUUGAGAAACAAGACAAUUUUUAAGAACAAUUCAUAUUUUGACAUGUCGCCCAAUACCAGAUUAUGUUUGAGUUGAGUUGCAUUGGAAGAGCUGGAACAAGAGAAAAAGUGACAUCACUUACUUAGUAAUAUAAGCUGUUAAUUUGUGAACGAAGCUUAUUAUGUAUGCAGCACAACAAACAUCUUUUGGAAUCAUGGAAUUUGUAUGAGAUCUAAAAAUCUGGGAAUUUUAUCAGAAAAUUUGAGCAACUUGGAUUGGUACACAAUUUCGUAUCCUCCUUACUUGUCAUCCCUCUGACUGGAAAUAUCGGAAAAAAUAUAUGUAACUUAAAGAAAUCUACUCUGACUUGCAUGUGAAGUGUGUAGUAAAAGAGAAUGAAAUAACAGGACUCAGAGAAAAUAAAUUGACUGUUCUGUAUUUCUCCACAGAACUAUUGUUGGCAUCAGAGGAAAGGAUGGGGUUGUGUUUGGUGUUGAAAAGCUUGUCCUUUCAAAAUUGUAUGAAUAUGGUGCAAACAAAAGAAUCAUACAUAUAGACAGUCACAUUGGAAUGGUGAGUACUGUACAUGUAUACACAUGUACUUUGGAAUAAGACACUAACAAUCAAUCCUUUUAGACUGCAGUAAAAGUAUGUUUGCUUAUUUCAAACACAGUUGUAUAUAAUUUCAAUGUUUUGUCUUUACACAAUUUAUUACUGUCAUCAGUGUGAGGCUAGCUGAUGUGUAUGGCUUUAUUGACUUCAGUGAUGUGAACUGAACACUGCAGUGAAAAUUAAAUCCUGCUCGAAAAAGUUUCCAUCAACCAGAAUGAUCUCAAUUCCCAUUGUGUUCUAAACCUGGGUAGAAAUUUGUUUUAAAGUUAUAGUAUAUCAAAAAAUAUACAAAUAUUGUGACUGACAACUUAUUUGUACUUCAAGUCUGCUGUCCAUUUUAGAACAAUACCUAGUGAACAGCUUGCUUUCAGAUUGUGUAUGUACAGGUUGUGUUCUGUAGCUCAGUGUAUUUGAUAUCCAUGUAUACUUUGUUUGUUUUUGCACCACAGGCUGUGGCAGGAUUGAUAGCUGAUGCAAGACAAGUAUGUACAGAUUUUUUUAAUGUACACAAAUCAUCUCUAUAUCAUAGAACUAACUUUGUACAAGCCUUCUGAUAGAUUUGUGAAAUUUUAGAAGUUGUGAAUUUUCCUGAAGGUCACAUUAUCUGACAGGAAUAGGUUUAUCAGUUGUGAGGUAAACUGCUUAUACCUCAAGUUAUAAAGACCUUUAAGUAAAUUUUUAAAUUUUACAUAAUAUAGUGAUGUUGACCACAUGUAUUUUAAUUUGGUGGUUGUUGACAAACAUUUCUGUUGUUGAUUUAAAGAUUGUUAGUGUCGCCAGAGAAGAAGCUGCCAAUUACAGAUCAACUUAUGGAUCUCCAAUACCUUUGAAAGUAAGGCUAUGAAAUCAUUGAACUCAAUGUAAUUUUACCAUUGAAGUUAUUCAAACAGGCUCUACAGUAUUUUUGAAAGUGGCAGAUGUGACACCAUUCAUGUUUUUAAGUUUCUGGCUUGUUUAUUUACAUCAGUGUUUUGUGUUUCCAAACAUUACUAUAAAUAUUACUCCAUUACUUACAAUGGCCUGUACCACCUUCAUGUAGUACAUUUUUGUUCCCAACAGUUCCCCUUUUAUUGUAUUUUUUUUUAUUUUCACAUCAAUAAUCAAACUCAUCUUUAGUUGCUGUUUUCUCAUACUGUUAGUAACACUGAAUUGCACUGAAUGGGAAUUCUUGCUUUGUACUCAAUAAAGUUUGGACACAUUGAUUCAUCCCACUGUUAAUUUUUGUAUCGUUGACAUGUUGUAUGUUUUUCAUUUUCAGUAUCUUGUUGAUAGAGUGUCAGGUUACAUUCAUGCUCACACAUUGUACAGUGCUGUUAGACCAUUUGGUUGUAGGUGAGUGGCUCAAUGUACAUGCUUUGUAAUAGUUUCAUUUUGCAUUUUGUCCUUUAUCUGUAACAAUCUACAUUUGUACUAAGAAGUCACAUUACCACAUAGGGUAGUGUAUGAAAAAAAAAACUCUCAAAUUGGCUUUUUUGUACUUUUCUAACUUUCUUUUCCUUCCAGCUUUUCAAUCUGCAUUUUGUUUGGUGUGUUGCUGUACUGUGAAUGAUCGGCGCCUUUCUUUCUCCCACAGUGUUCUGUUAAGUUCCCAUGGACCUGAUGGACCAGAGCUCUUUAUGAUAGACCCCUCAGGAGUAUCAUGGGUGAGGAAUGUCUGUCCUCAUGUCUUGUUCAAUGAGAAUGUUAAUUAUAUAACAUGUAUUUUGAUAAAUUUUAAUUUUUUUAACUGCUCAGUAGCUUCAUUGAAAGUUUCUGCAUUUUAUUACACAUGUAGUGUAAACAUAAAAACAAAACAUAUGACAAGGUCAAAUUGUUUUUUAAUUUUUUUUUUUUCGGCUGGAUUUUUAGGGGUUCCAUGGCUGUGCUGUUGGGAAGGCAAAGCAAGCUGCAAAAACAGAAAUCGAAAAACUUAAGGUCAGUUCACCACCAAUUAUUUUAAGUCCUAAUGAAGGAAGAUGGUUUUCCCCAGCUUUACCAUGAACAGUUACAACUACCUGUAAUCUAAUAAAAAUUUGAACAAUUUUUUGGCUGGACUGAAUAUCAUGCCAAACUUCAAAUCCCUUCUAUUCUAAUAUUUGUCAAUAUUUGUUCUUCCAGGCAUCUUUUGUAUUGUUUGUGUAACCUUAGUGGAUUUUUCAGUAUUUUACGACAUUUUAUCCUUUUUAUUAUCCUUGUCCAAAAACUUAUUCAGAUUAUGAGUGUUUUUCUUUAUAUUUGUAUGGUAAUACAUGUAUUUGUGGAAUUUAUGAAUUUUGUUUUUGUUUACAGAUGAAAGAUAUGACAUGUGAAGAAUUAGUGAAAGAAGUUGCUAAAAUGUAAGUUGGAAAUUUUAUUUUUGGUUUGAAAAUGCUUCACUUUUUCAAUACCAUGUGGAAUUUUUUGAAUUUCAAAUUGCACUCAUUUGUUUUCUUCUUGUAAAUGCCCUGUGCCUCCUCGAAUGCAUUGUUCUUUGAAUUGCCUCACUGGAAUAUUUGCUGAACUCUUGGUUUAAGAAAGUGUUUGAACUGCCCACCCCCCCUCUCAUCCAGUACUUGUUAGGCCAUCUCUCCACUGCACACAACACUGUAUUUCAACUUGCUUAAGAGAAUUUUUGCUUGGUUGUCAAAUGAAAAAAGCUUUGGUUUCCCACUACACUUAAAGAGUUGGAUAAGAAGGGAAUUCUCUAAUUGUACAAUUCUGUCAUUCUUACAAUGAUUUACCUCAUCACAUAUGUACAUGAAUUAUUCGCAGAAUAUAUGUUGUACAUGAUGAAGUCAAGGACAAAAACUUUGAACUGGAGUUAAGCUGGAUAGGAGAAGGUAUUCUUUAUGAUUUCAUUGUUGCCAUUCUCAUGGCUCACUUUUGAAUGACAGCCAGCACAAUGCGCUUUCAACUUUGUAAGUCUGAGGAAUUGGUCCCAAAUUUAGUUGAGUGAUGAGAGGAAGGAAAACCGAUGAAGCCCCUCAGACACUCAUUCACUUUAUAGCAUCAAAUUUGUGGUACUUGCGACAAAUUAGUAGGAUAGUCACCUAAAGCAUCAGGGCCAUAAGUCUAAUAGUGUACCUUUGCACGUUUUUCUUUAAAACCAAGAUAUCGCAUCAGCCAAUCAGAACAAAGGUGAAUUUCAAGAGGAACCAAUGAGAUGACAAGUUCUGACUAAUCACAGAGCGAGGUUGAAGGACAUACCUUUCAUACAAUUACCGAAUUUCUUUCGGUAAUCUAAUGAAAACUGCACUUUAUGUAUGUAUGCAUGUCUUUUUUACAGUUACCAAUGGUAAACAUGAGUGGGUACCCAAAGAUAUCGCACAAGCGGCUGAAAAAUACGCGAAGGUUAGUAAACUGUAACUAAACGGAAGAACUAAGACAUCAUGACACAUAAUACAGGAUGGAAAGUUCUCCUGGAUUUCUAGGCUGUCCUCGGUUUCUGCUUUCUGUUCAUGACCUGCCUAUGUUUUCUUGCAGGAAUCACUUGAAGAGGAAUCCAGCUCAGAAGAUGAAGAUUGAGAUAUCAAGAUCCUUGUUCUGUUCAUUUAAUUCGUACUGCAGUGGUGUCGUGAUUUCCCAGCAACAGAAGAGCGCUCAAGACGUUAACGGGACUUCAUCGUCGCGUUUGCCAGUUUAUGUCAAAUUUUAUGUUUGUAACAUAUUUUGUAGUAUUUUCAAUCUCAGAAUAAAC